CAGCUCAUUAUAAUAGGUGCUUUCGUCACUUUGUUUAGGCGCGAAUUCUUUUAAUUUAUCGAACUGACAACGUUAGUUUACCUGAGGGUCUCGUGGUCUUUACAAUCAAGCCUUAUAUUUCUUUCCGCAGCUCACCGCCAAAGUGUUUGCAACAAGAAUGAUUGGACAGAAAACCAUCAAUUCAUUUUUUUCGCCGGUAUCGAAAAAGAGAGCUUCUAAUGAGGUAAACGAACCGGAGGAGAAUGCACAAGAGCCGAAGAAGCAGAAAUGCGCUUCGGUGCUGGCGGAGCAGCAAAGCCCGCCUCCUAGUCCUCUGUCCCCGGAGCAGCUGGAAAGGAUGGCUCGCAACAAGAGAGCGGCGCUGGAGAGGCUGGCUUCCGCUCAGACUCCUCCAGGGUUCGGGGAGAGCUGGAGGAAGGAGCUGGCUGCUGAGUUCAGAAAGCCCUACUUCAAACAGUUGAUGCAAUUUGUUUCCGAAGAGAGGAAACGCCACACAGUUUACCCACCUGCUGAACAAGUGUUCACCUGGAGCGAGGUGUGCCACAUCACAGAUGUUAAAGUGGUCAUUCUAGGUCAAGAUCCAUAUCAUGGUCCAGGCCAAGCGCACGGACUGUGCUUCAGUGUGAAAAGACCAGUUCCUCCUCCUCCGAGUUUGGAGAACAUGUACAAAGAGCUGGCCACAGACAUCGACGGCUUCCAGCACCCAGGCCACGGCGACCUGACUGGAUGGGCCAGACAAGGUGUGCUGCUGCUCAACGCCGUGCUGACUGUCAGGGCGCACCACGCCAACUCCCAUAAAGACAGAGGCUGGGAGACCUUCACUGACGCUGUGAUUCAGUGGCUCAGCAGCAAUCAAGAGGGCGUCGUCUUCAUGCUGUGGGGAUCGUACGCACAGAAAAAAGGGGCUUCAAUUAACCGAAAACGCCACCACGUCCUGCAGACCGUACAUCCUUCCCCACUGUCUGCUCAUCGAGGAUUUUUUGGUUGCAGACAUUUCUCCAAGGCCAACGAGUUGCUAGAGAAAUGCGGAAAGUCUCCCAUAGACUGGAAGGCUCUUUAAGUUCUAUGUUGGCUUUUCUGAAGCCCAUGUAAACUACAGACCAAACCCACCUAUAAGCUUUAGUUCUUCUUCUAGCAGUUAUUCAUGUUUUUAUAAAACAAUUAAUACCAGCAGAUUGUUCUGUGUUCACUGCACUGUUCUUUUAGUGGUUUAACUUCUGUAAAUAUUUGUUUUCUUUUUCUGCCCUUUUAGUUUGCACCUUGUUUCCUUUUUUUUUUUACUUUUUUAUGUAAUGCUUGGUACAUUAAAGGGUUUUCUACAUUGCA